AUGGCGAAGAAGACGUACGACUUGCUGUUCAAGCUGCUUCUGAUCGGGGACUCGGGCGUGGGGAAGACCUGUGUGCUGUUCCGCUUCUCAGACGACGCCUUCAACACAACCUUCAUCUCCACCAUAGGUAAGAUGAGCCGGGGACCUCACACACUGGACUCGCGUGUUGUUACAGGUGUUUUUGUUUUAUUCCACCACCCCCUUAUUGGAGGUGGUUUGACAGCUGGGGGACUCGCCUCGCUCUCCUGCAGCUGGAAACGGUCUGCAGGACUCGGUUAGCCUGUGUGCUAAUAGCAUGCACUGACGUGAGCCCCUCUGCAGGCCUGCACAGGUGCAGCUUUUAUAUCUGUUAACUACUGUUACAGAUGGCAGCGACUUUAAUAACAAAAACACCGAUAUUAUACAGGAUUAGCCUGCCUGAAAUGGCUAGUAUAACCGGUUUAGGAGCCCGAAGAAUUGCUGUCAUGUCACUUGACCCAGUGGGCUAGAAGGCUAACAAAGCUAGUGCAGGGGUAGCAUGAAUAUACUGAGCCGAGCUGCUGUUACGAAAGGAUUAGCACUAUCUCUCUCUAUUUAAAUAACAGGCAUUCACAUAUCACUAUCAUAGUAUCACAUAUAUUCAAAUAUAGCGUCUCUGAUGUGAAUUACACUGUAAAGUAGUGAUGCUACAUAAUGGCUAAAAUGUUAAUCAUGAUGUUUCUAUCACUACCUAGAUCACAGUUGUUAUUAAUGAUUACUGAUCUAUUUCAAUGGAAUUUUUGUCAGAAAAAACAUAUAGAUCCUGCUUCUCAUCUACAUUAAGGGCCAAACUGGGGCAUUCCGUCUUAUGCUCACUUUGUCCCUCUGCUUGACCAACACACUCCACCUGUUCUCAGCCUGCUUUGCUGCAGCUCAUUUUCUGUUCCCAGUUUUGGACUGUUGUGACACACUGUGUGAUAAACGAUACGCCUCAUUACAGGGUGGGUCCCCCUGUUACAAAGAUGAAACCGCAGGUGAAAACCCCAGUUGUGUUAAUUUGAGCAACUUUGUGAUGAACUGAUGAUGAUUAUUGGUAAUCAAGUUAGCAUAUACAGAUAUAUAAAAAGGGGGGAAAGGAUGAGUAGGGACUUGACACUACUCUUGUUUAAAACUACUAACGCUACAUUUAAGUGUCAGAAAUGAUGUAAAGUUUGUUAAGUAACAGCAGUCGUAAAUAAGAAUAAAAGUUCAACUCUCUCCUUUGAAAAUGUGGUGGAGCAGAUGUUUUAAGAAGCAGAAAUUACUUGUGGAAGGAACUGAAGUGCACAUACCUCUAAUUUGUGCCUAGUUACUUUCCAUGGCUCCUUCAAAGAAACUAUAAACAAUCCAUCAUGGUGGCAUCACCCCCCCACCUCUGCGCAUGCGUCAGACAUCACGCUCUCAUGAGUCAGGUGUCAAACUAUGUCGAGUCCUCUCACAGCCCAAGUGCCGGAUCCAUUUACUCCUGUUGCUUAAGAUCAGUGCUGAGUAAUAAUGUAACACAAGACAAGCUCUGCUGGAAAAUGCCAAGCUCAAUGUUUGCAGUUACAUCUUCGCUUGCUUGAUUGGACUCAAGUCAAAGCCCAGCUUUGAGUAUUGACAACUCUUCUUCACCUUAUGCUGAAGAACACUCAACCAUAAAGGGCGACAGUGUUCCCACAGGCAUCCAGGCCAGAUUAGAUUUGUUGAGGUACAGCUACAGCUCUUAACAGUGGCUGUGCUGCUGAGCUGGUAGGUUUUUUGUGUUUAUAGUUAUGGAUUUAGCUUAUGUUUGUGUCUUGUAGUCAGAGCCUGUGUUGUCAAAUUAUGAAAAUGACAACAGUUAUUAUGUUAUUUGUUGGUACUGUUCGAGGUAAAGUCAGCAUGACAGAGCUGAGCAGUUUGAGGGCUGCCUGUGUUGUGAUGGUCGAAUGCAGUGUGACAGGUUCUUCAGCAGUCAAAGACCGAUAUUGACCUUUGCUUCUUGCAGAGGUACUUUCCCUGCCAAGAUGAGUAAAGUGUCUCAAGCUCUCCUGUGAACUCUGCUGGUGUUGUUUCUUCCUCACCUUUUGAAAAUCAAUUAUUUUAAACAAACUGCUUGUCAAAUUGAAACAUGCUGCUUAUGAUAUCCCAGCUCACAUGAAGGAUGAAGUGCUUGAGGCUUCUGAAGCUGCUGUAUGCAUAUCUGUAUCAUAAACUUGAUCUGUAUUGUGCAAUUUAUCCAACUGUGGUGUAGAGAGGCCAAACUUUUGAGUUGAACCUUUUAAAGCUGUAGUUCCCAAACUGCCCUCAAAGUUAUCAUGUGUCACUUUUGAACACAUUUCCAGUUUAGUACCUCCAUGACAAGCUCAAUCCUGUAUGAAUUGAAAAAACUCUUUUUAUGGGCUGUUUUUGACCAGCAACAAAAUUGUUCUUUUUGACACUGACGCUGUCCUUGAGAUGAAAGCUCUGCUACCACUUUUUUUUUGUGUGUUUUCAGAUCUAUUGAUGCCAUAUUUUAUCCACAAAUCCAUUGAUAAUUUUACUUGUCUUCAGGUAAUUGUAAAAAUCUUCAACAUUUUCUUGAACACUUGCAUUUGUUGCAGUAGUUUACAGUUUACAACAACAGCAUUAAAGACCUGAAUAUACUAUAUUAAGGGAGUUUUAUCAAACUUAAAUUUAUUAUUACUGUCAAGUAAGGCUGCACGAUAUUGGAAAAAACUAACAUUGCGAUUUUCUUCAACCCUGCGAUAUAUAUUGCGAUAUCACCAGAUGACCUGAAUAGCACUUAAUGUUAUGCUGCACUGCUGAAAUCUUGAGGACAGUUAACCUGCACUGAUCUUACCACUUUUUGUGAAUGUUAGUAGAAUGGCUUCUGUCUGUCUCAGAGAUAUUUUUAGCUUUUAUUGUUCUGGGACGUUAUUGUGGCAACAGAUGAACACAGAACACGUGUUUUGGUCAACAUCAUCCUUCUUUUAACCGAAAUAAUUCCAGAUAACUGACUUUCCUUUUCUUUUUGGCAACAAGUCUUCAUCUAAUGUGGUUUACUCUGUUUGUUGCUCAGUUUGUGAUCGUUGUUGUUGUUACCGGGGUGCUGAGAAACGCAUGUCCUCCGAGAAUUGCAUGCACCUCACAAAACGCGCACUGCUUGUAGUAGAGUGGUCCACCGAAAUAUACAAUUUAAAACCCAUACAAUUCUAAUUUGUUGGGCUAAACAGUGAUGAAGAAUGUUCCGAAAGUAAUUCUCAGCGGACACGCGUUUCUCGGCUCAACUCCGGUAGCGGCAGCGACUCACUCCAUGUGCAGGACAUGUGCAGGGGUGGGUUUCCUCCUCUCUGAUUUUGAUUGACAGCUGGCAGAGUAGUCUGAUUGGCAACUGAGUAAAGAACGAGGGUGAUUGGUGGAUCACUGCACAGCACAUGCAGAGUCACAUGGGGUGUAUCUCAGUCAGCUACCCUUGAAAUGAACUGAGUUCAUUCCCCUCCGACAUCGCAGGCUCUGCGAUGUGACUAUUGUGGACAUGUACAUUGCGAUGACGAUGCUCAAACGAUAUAUCGUGCAGGCCUACUGUCAAGCUCAUAGCUCCUUUGUCUUCAAAGUACCCUCAGGGCCACAAACAUUCCUUAAUAUAUUAAAGAAACUGCUUUUAAAGUAUCAAAAUGACAACAGAGAAAUAUGAUAACAGUGUUUGAACUGAAACUGUCAACAGCAGUCAUUUCUGUCCUCUACUUUAGGAAGUGCUCUCUUGUGGUAUUAACCUACUUCAGUUGGCUUAAAAACAUGGCAACACCUGUGGUGGGUUUGAGUGAGGCUGUCGAGUAAUACAUUUAUAAAAGCUGCAGAAGGAAAGUAGGGCUGGGUCUAUUCGUCGAUGUACUCGGCGUAAUCAACUACAAAAUUUCGUUGAUGCAAAAAAUGCGUUGACGCGUGGCAUGAAGACAUAAACAAUGGCUACUUAAUGUAACGGUAGAGGCGUGGACGGCAAACGAGCUCCACCUAAUGGGGUCGAUUUAAAACCUACUUUAGCAUGAUCUAUGAGCAGCUCCUCUCAAUCAAUGCAGGUGUUCUUCCUGGCGUCCUCGCUCACAUUUCCAAGAUCAUGCUGCUUUAAUUCAAGGAGACAUGCAGUGCCCUGUCAAUCAAAUAACCCUACGCUGGUGCAGCAAACGCCACAGUAGACGCUGCAUCAUACGCCCUGCAUCCCAUAUCUUAUUCAUUUACUUUAAGCAGUUAGCUCAGAGUUGAAGCAUCAGUUAAGUGCUUUUAUUUGUCCUAUAACUGGCUAUUUAAUCAGCUGUGUGAUCACUGAUGAUAGCUUGCGAAUGCUAAUACUUGGCACACGUGAGCUCCAAUGCACAUACGUAUACUAAUACACGUAAGUCCGAGGUUGAGCUAUGUAAGAAAAAAAACUUUUGUUUAACUGUGGCGGUGCGCCACGAUCGAUUGCAUAUAGGGGAAACCCUGUGAUCCAGCGCCGUGUCUUACUCAGCAAUGUAAACAAACACUGUUGCCAGCAUUAUGCCGACCGCGGCCCCCAACGCAUUGCCAGAUAAUGUGCCUUUUUGGUUGGUUGAGUGGCACUGACUUUCUUACUAUUAAAUUAAAGAUAGUAUGAAAGUUGUUUUAUGUUGCUUGACACUCAUUGUAAAUAUGAAUAAGGUGAGCAUGCAACUGUUAAGGGAGGCCACUAAGCAACAAUAACCUAUCAGGCUGGUGCACCCACAAGCUGGUUACCCGAAAACGGUAUACCGCGGUUCACAGUAUGUCACCGAGCACUAAGUAAAGGCUUUUGGCUGUUACUUACAGUUGACUUUAGGUAAGCUAAAAAGCUAUGUUAAGUGCUUUGUGAAUGUAAAAAAAGCAUUGAUAAAAAUGCACUGUUUUUAGUUUUGUUUCACUUCAAGAGAAUUUUGAAUUCAUUGAAUUGAAUACUAAUAGGACAAGUUUUUAAUUAUUUUGGUUAAAUUCAUUAUUAUAUUAAUCGGUUAAUAAAAAAAUUAUCGUUGGGUGCAACCCUAAAGGGAAGCAAAGGUACCGUAUUUGUGUCAAGAUAUUAGAGUAAGAGUACUGGCUGCCCCAAAAUAGUGCAACACAGUUAAGAUCUUCACUUUCUGCUUGUCUUUUUCCUCCAUCUGUACUGAAAACAAAACAGCAUGCAGUGUGGAGGGCUGUAAGAAGUGAAGAACUUGGAGAACACGAUCUCUCAGCACAACUAUAAACUAAAUUUUGACACUCAGGAAGCUCUGCCGGUGACACUCUGUCAAACUAUUGUGGUGUUUUAGAAUUUUAGAUGUUGCAUAUUUGGCUGUACUCCUGGAACAAAGCCAGAACUUUAUUUUGAAGGGAACUGGAUGUUCUACCUCAGAUUAAUAUGUUGUUUUGUACAUAUGUGCUUCUACUUUUAGUUUCCCUGAAGCUUAUGUUGUCACGUGCUCUUAAGGUAUAAGAGAUUUAAAAAAAGGGCAAACUAUUUGUCAACUUGAACCAUUAAAACAUUUUUUAUCACUGAGAGGCUGAACAUAAGUUUUCUUGAAGGUAAAGAUUGUAGAUUGAAAUGCUCCUUUACUCACUCUUUCCAUUGGUAAGGCGACUGGCUGUGGAGAACAUGGAACUCCUGCGAUGGCUAUAAACUGUGAUUUCUCCACUGGCCAAAAAAAAACCUGUCAAUACAAAAACUUUCUUCAUCUCCUUCCUCCAACUGGUGCAUUUUGCAGGGCCACCCACAAAAUACAAAAAUGCACGUUACUAGUUUGUCCGCUCUGGGCUACUAUAGAAACACUGUACAAGAUGACAGCCUCCAUUGAUUGGCACCCUAAGCACAUAUAAAAGAAUCACUCAGAGGUAACAAAAAUAAAACAGUUUUCAUAGUCAGGUGAUGUUACACUGAUUUAAACUUACUUAUGAAUAUAUUGUUUCAGUUCUGCCAAGUCUGCUAUGCUAAAUGCUGCCAAAGACAGCUUACUGUACCUUUUUAAAUAAUGCCUUUCACUGUUUAACUGGUAACUUGACUAUAUAUUAUAUUUCAACUUGUUUCAGCUGUAAGUUGCGAACAGUUGUGUUGCCAUAGAGGAGCAAAGAAACCUCGAAACACACCCAUUUAAGAGGCUGGAGUUCUAACUCAAAAAAAAGAAAAAAAAAAAAAGACAGCAAAAAACAGCUGUUAUUAACGUAGCUGCUGUGAGGUUAAUAUUUGAAAACUUACUGAUUUAUUGUUUCUCCACUCGGAAAUAUUUAUCCUGGCCUCUUGGCUUUCAAUAAUCAACUUACUUAAGCUUUACUUUUCUCCCUGUAGUUCAGGGUCAUUAAUGGGGGUUAAUGUUUUGGCUUAAACUGUAAGUUCAGUAAAUGCAUCAAACCGCUGAAGUCAAGUCAUCAUUGUGUAUAUGUCAAGCAAGUACAAAAUGUACAGAAUGCAAAACUGGAGCAUGCAAAAGUUCAGUCCUUCACUUUAGAAGAACAUGUCAAAAGUUACAGCUCUGAAUCUCUGGACUGGAAAGUUACAGAACUUUGUAUAAGAAGCAGCAGAACCAGGACAGGAGUGAAACAAGAGUGUGACACUCAGACCUUCAAAGACACACAUGCACAGCUGCUUCUCAAAAUACCCCCAUUGGGAACCCCCCCUCUCAUCAGCCACUCAUCCACAGCCUAAGUCCCUCUUUAUCUGCCCGUCCUCCUCUUACAUGGGCUGGUCAUGCAUAUUCAAAGUGAUGAAUAUGAAAAAUGUUGUCAUCUGAAAUCUCUUUUUCCACAAAACAUCAUGAAUUUUGCAUGGAAACUAGCAUUUGCCUGUAGUGGACUUCAUACUUGUGGAAGGAAUGGUUCCUCUGGGAUCAAAGCAGAGCGGGGCCAGCCAUAAACUACGUACUCUCUGUUUCUGAGACAUCCAAUUCAGCAUUAAGCCUUUAUGGAAGGUGUCGUUGGAAAGUGUACCCAUUUUCCAGUGAUUGCACAAUGCACAUAUUUUCUUGACUACUUGCCAGGGCACCUCACCGGGGAAAAACUUAAAACCCCUUUGCUCGUAACUUCCAAAUAUUAUGUCAUGAUGCAGAGCCUGAUCUUUUUGUAAUGAUUGUCAGGACACCUCCUCUUUUAAAGCUCUGCUCUAUCAGUGGUAUUCACUCAGUGAUCCUGAUGAAUGUUUGAAGGUAAAAUAUUAAUGCUUACAGACAAUGGCCCUCAUUUAUCAAGCUGGCGUAUGGCAGAAAACUUGCGUACAGCUUGCGUAUGACAAUUUUGACGUGAGGAUUGGCAUUUAUCAAUCUGCACGUGAGCGUACGCUACGACCAAAUCUCACGACAGGUCUGACAUCGUGUACGCAAGUUUGAGUCAGUGUGGAUCUGCGGUGCAGCAAAUGUCUGUCUCAAAAUAAUUAAUAAACAAACCUCAAACCUGUCAUUAAGCACAAUCAGCCAGAUUUCAUUAAAGAUUAAGACGUAAAUAAAAUAAAUUUAUUAUGUCCUUGGUGAAUAGGCCUAUCUGAUAACUCUGCCCAGAAACACUGCCACAGAGCAGGAGCGCUGUUUUAACAUUGUGCGCACACACGCCACAGUGGAGCGCUGCGUUUGACUCCUAAAAGGCAGGUGUCCCUAUCUUGGCCCAGCAGCGGGGACAAGGGCGUAAAUACGUUAAUGACGAUCGAUUUCAGCCACCGCAUUUAUCAAGACCCAUCAAACGUACGUUGAGAUUGGUCAGAUACGAACCCUUUCAUAAAUCUCACGUGUCCUAUCGUCCUAUCGUAGGAUGAAUCCUGCGCUUCGAUCAGCGCAAGCUUGAUAAAUGAGGGCCAAUGUACGCUGUUCCUCAUCUGCAGAAUCCUCCUCUCCUCUUGUUUCUUUCUGCUUCUUGCUAACUUUGUAUCUUUCUGUCCCUCCCUCCCUCUCUCCAGGGAGUGCAUAAUAUCCAAUGAGUCACACCUUGGCAGCCUGUUCCUCAUUAUUAUAUGACUCGCCCCACCUAGAGAGCACAGCUGUUUCUUGGACUUUUAACCAGCUACAGUUUCUGACCAGAGCUGAACAGACAGCUCACGAUUUAACUGAACAAUACUUGCCAAAAACUUUCUAUGUGAGUCACCCCUCUCAGAUUUGACCUCCUUUGGGGCUUCCCAAGCAUUAGGAUUUGGAUUAUAAACCUGACUAAUAUUAAAACGAGAAAAUUUAUGAUGGUUUAUUGUUGACGUUUCACUGUCUGCCCUGUGUUCAUCCUCAUCCUUGUAACUGUCAGUCAGUGAAAAGGCCCUGUUAAAUUCCUCCAGGCUUGCGAAUUAAUGUUUCGCAUAUUAUUUCCUCAUCAAGUUUCAGUUGCGCUUUUAAUAGUUGUUUAGAAAACCAACAGAAAAGUAUGAAGCAGCUAUCCUGCUGGGCGGAAUACAAGCCCGAUGCCAGAAACUUUUGGGUCAAGCUUUUGAAAUGAGCUUGCUUGCUGUUUUCCUUUGUCCUUCAUUGCAUUGGAGAAAUACAUUCAGCUUUGAGACAAAAUCCUCCAAAUUAAAAGAGAAUAUUUAUUGUUUUUUAAUUUAGAUCUAGAGUUUUAUGGGCUAAAAGAUCAGUUGACUCCAUCAGUACAUAAAUCAGUCUUAAAAAGUAUGAAUUAUUUUUCGCUGCUGUGAGAUUUAUCAGGUCACUUAACGUAUUUUUAAAAGUGUAGUUUAAAACUAAAUCUUGUGUAAAAGAGAAGGACCUUUGUUGAGAGAAGAGAAGAAACAGUGAGGGAAAGACACAUAGCUGUUACUGAAAAUCGAUUCAAGAAACUGUUCUACUGUGGUCUGCACCAACCGCAAGUUUAAAAAAAAAAAAAAAAAUUUGGCAUUUUGUUUGUUAGUUUAAUGUGCCUAUACCUUUGAUUCACUAGUGCAGUAUGUUGGCACCUAUUUAGUAGGGGUAGAAAUCACUAGUGGCCCCACGAUACGAUAUCUUCGCAAUACUUGGGCCACAAUACUAUAUUAUUGUGAUUUUUAACAUUUUGCAAUACAGUGAGUAUUGCCAUACAAUAUAUUGCAGUUUAUAGAAUUUUUUCAACUGUUUAGCUAAUUUAGCAUUUGUCUUUCCUUUAUGUUGGUCUUAUUUACACUAUAUUUUAUUUUCAUGUAGCACAUAUUGCAAACCUUAUAUAUAUUUGUUCCACUAUCUCUCUCCUGCUCUAUGAUGUCACCUCUGCCAACCUCACUGGACAAACAGUUUAUUUUAUUUUUCCAUUAUCAUAGAUUUGACUUCAUAUUGGCAAUUAAUUUGAAAAAAAUAAAUACUUGGUCAGUGAGAUAAUACGAUUAUCACCACUCAAUAUAUACAGCGAUACAAUGCUAUAUCGAUUUUUUUCCCCACCCCUGCUGUUUAGUCAGUUUCUUUGGCUUCAUGUGCUGCAGUGGGUGGAAAUGAAUGCAUGAUCUUCUAUAUAUUGUACAGUCAGGUACGAAAUGAAAUGGGCAUUAUUAAUGGACAUAGUCACAUAUGUUUGAAUGUAUCAUAAAUUUAAGGAACACCAGCUGAAGGAAACACCAGCAUCAUUAGCAUGAUACAUUCAAAAAGGUAAUAACCAUAGUAAAAUUAUGAUGACUAAUUGGCGUGAACAACAAUUGUACUGUCACUGCUUACAUGAGUUAAAUAAUGUAAUCUCACAGGACAUCAGGAUAUGAUGGCCACCUCUAAGUAGUAUUUUUUUACAGCCAGUAGUUUAUUUUUUUUGUUUAACUCACUAUAACAUGUUCCCUAGAUGGUAGAGCAUCACUGACAUGAGAAAAUGGCACAAGCAAUUAAAAAUGCAAUUUGCAGCAUCAUUGUUCUGUCAGCGUUGAUGUGAAAUCCAAGAGAAAAAUGUCAUUUUAUUGAAGACAGGCAAAUGCAACCAAGCCCAAAUAUAUUAGUCCCUACCAUAGUCUGUAUAUAAUAUGGACAACUUGGUUCCGCCUACCGCCUGUAUAUGGAUUUGAAGCCAAAUAGCUCUCGGUAUUUCCGGGAUUUUUCUUCAUUUCCUGAAACCAGAGCUGCGCAGUAGUGCUGCGCGCAUUCGGCCGCGCAGUCGCCGAGAGUCGCUGUGAUGACACUUGGCUCAAACAGCGUAUCCCCCAGGAGAGCCACGCAAUCCCUGAACACCCAUAGGCUGUACCAGGUGUCAAUCAUAGAAAACAUGAACCCCCUAAUAACUUUUAAAAACGGAGCUUCACAGAAAAAAGAGGACUUGAGCACAUACCAGUCUUACAGUAACUACAUGUCAACAUCACAAGCAGGGGGGAGAAAAAUUUAUGUUCUGUGUAAUAAAUUUCUAAAGUUUGUCCACAGCUCUAUAAGCUUUGCUGGCGAAGGCGGGCUUUAUGACCUAUACUGCAGCCCGUCACCAGAGGGUGCUGUUCUUGGAGUGGCUUCACCCAGCAAAGAGGCAGACUCUGUCCAUUCUUAAUACAGUCUAUGUUCCCUACCCAUGAAAAAACCUGUAUGCACGAAACAAGCAACAUCUCUAGCCACAACGUAACCUCUCCUGUGCCAUUAGUCCUAAUUUUCCAUCCAGAAGUAAAACCCUUAAGGCAUCAACAUGAGAAAUCACUAAUAAACCACAAAUAUGGGUACUAUCAUGUUUCCAACCAGCGGAUUGUAUGGACAGUUGUAUUUAACAGUAACAAGAUCAUCUCAAUGCGUAUUAACACAUUCUCAUUUUUCCUACUGUAACUCCACUUUUUAAUGCAGUGCCAUUGUCAGCCAGCUGCUGAUCCACAGCUGUCUGCUGAAAGGCCCAAGGCUUAGGCAUGACACUGCAAAAUCAGGUUGUUGUCUCCAUGUUGAGAGGGCUUCAGAGGGUCACUCUAAAAGGUCUAUCUCUGGUCAUCUCUGUUAAUGUGUCUGUCUUCUUGAGCUGUAAUACCACUUGUUAACAUCAGUGUUGUCUUUUCUCUACGUAUUCCUCUACCUUAUUGGUAGGGCUUUGUUUGCUAUUAUUCUUAGACAUGUUUGCUCACAUUUAGUCUUUUUUCUCUUCUUUCUUUUUUUUUCUUUACAGGAAUAGACUUCAAGAUCAAAACUGUUGAAUUACAAGGAAAGAAGAUCAAACUACAGAUCUGGUGAGUAAAUGGACUCUUUACAAAACUGUAAAAGUUUAUGAGGCAAGUUUCUGUGACAGUGCGUAAAGAAGUAAGAGGCUGAAAAACAGAAAAACAUUUUGAAGAGUGUCUUUCUCUGUUAGCGAGUUGUAACAUCAUCGGGAAACAUCUGUUUGACAUACCUCCCUCAAGCCCAGAAAAAUGUAAGAGCAGGAAAUGGUCAUUGGGAGCUCAGUUACAGGGUUGUCAUCAUAGUCCACAACAGCUUAUUCUCAUAAGUCAAGGGACUCGGUUUCUGACACUUUCUUCUGUAAAAAUGACCAGUGACAUGACAUCACGUUGAAUUUAUUGAUUUUACUCAUCAGUCAUUUUUAUAACCAGUUAAUUCAUCAGAUAUUGAGCUUUUGAUUGUUUGAUUAGUAAUUAUGUGCUUUCAAUGUCAACAUCUUGAUCUAAACUCAAAGAUAUUACAUUGCUGUCAGGCUUGAGUAGAGAGAAUUCAUUCAAAAUGCUUGGACUAUUUAAGUUUUUGCACUUUUCAAAGUAGCUAAAAGUUAUAAGUAAUACAAGGCCAGUAUUGUUAUAGAUUUAACUUCUCAUGUUCUGAAUGUCAAAGAUGAUUAAUGUGCUUCAAGCUGUGUGCACACAUGCAAAAAAUCUAACAAAUGUCCCAGAGUUUUUAGUGUGGGCUGCAGAUGUAAAUGCAAACAGCUGAAAUUAUCUGGAAUUUUUGGUAGCCAGCCCAUUCAUACAAUUUCCCCCUUUUUUUUUUUUUCAGAAAGGAAAAUGUCACAAACAAACAACUCUGGUCCAUGUUUCAUUUAGUUGCAGAGCUUCUGAAACUACUUGAAAUAUAAAGCAUGUGAGAGAGGCUUCAAAAAGGGGUCAGAAUAGCCUCUAAGGAAUUACAACAUGAAGUCAGAAAUGUCUCACAUCCUGUAUGCGUCUCAAAGAACAAAACACAAGUGUUGGUCAAAUGUUUCAAGGUCCACUCACAAAGCUGUGGUUGAUAUAGUCUCAGUUUAAAGAUAAGGUUCGGACCAAGUCUUGUCAUUUAAGGUCAAUUCUUUAUAGUUACAUAGAUAAAAGAGACACCUGCAUACAUACAGUUAUUUGAGGUCUCAGAAAAGAUUCAGUGGGUCUUUGUGAUAAUGAAUGGAUGAGUUAAUUAACGAAGAAAUGAAGUGGCAGAAAAUAACCAGGAAAUUUUUAUAUCAGCUGUCCUAGAUUCUCAACUGUGAGUACAUGUGAUCUUCUUAUUGCAUAGUUAUAGUAAGCUGAAUUUGUCUGAACAGAACAAAAGUUUUCAGGUAGAUGUUUUUUUUAAAGUCUUUAAUUGAUUAAACAACCAAUGCUGCACUGAAAAGUUGCAGUUUUUAUAUGUGAUGUUAAAUCUUUGAGUUUCUGUACUUCUUGUUUUUGUGUUGGUGUGAUAUCAUACAGGUAUGAAAAUCUCUCACCUAUCGGCGAAAUUCGCCGUUUUGAAGUCAAAAAGGGUGACCUACAUGAAUCGUGUAGAUCCAAGGAGAAUUUUUUUUUUUUUUUUUUGGUCGGGAGAUUUACUUAUUUAUUUAAUUAUCAUGUGAUCAACUUAAUAUGUAGACUAAGCACUUCAGAAAUCGGCCCUUUAAAUGACACUUGGACGGUCAGGAAAUCCUCCUGGCUGCUUCGCUGACGAGAACCAAUCAUAGGCCAAACUGCUUUCCAUUAUUCCAAUCAUGCGCACACUCUUCACGUGUUCUUGGAGUACUUGGAGAGCCUGGGGUAGCAUUGCAAAGCUGCGAGAACGAGAAGCAGGACUUAUCCACGCCGGUGUUGUGCCGUUGAAAGUACACAACAAGGCGAAAUAAUCCAAGUUUUCCUUACCGUUGGACGGAUUCAAAAGCGUGUGCCUUUAAUGAUUUCAUUUAGGUUAUUCAGAUAAGCCGAAAACAACAGCCCUCUGAUUCAGAAUAUUUGCUGCCCCGAAAGUAUAUUGUUUUCUACCUUGACAUCUUACUGUACAGUUUAUAUACCCAAGUACACCUCGAUAUGUGCAUUUUUGAGACACAUUAAAACAGAACGAAAGUUUGCUAGUAGUCAUGAUCCAAAUACUCGUGUCUUUGUAAAAUAUGAGCUCAUUUUCUUCCACUUUAAGAAGCUAAUGAGUGGACAGGAUGCAGGGGUGCAUUCUAUGGCACAACACCGGGGACAAGGCAGACCAGAGCGUAGCGUACACAUUUACUUGCAUUUACCAGCAGAUUGAAUUUGGUGAGUAAUGGUUUCAAUCGAUUUCAUAUUUUGUGGUAUGACAAAGUUACUGCCGUUUGCUACAGCUUGCGUUGAACACUGCCAGAGCUAGCCAAACCUCCGGUGAAAAAUAGCUCCCGUUUGCUAGAUAUUAAGUUAGCGUCAAGCUUGUGUAGUUAACGGUAACAUAAAAGAAGAAACACAUGCUUCUUUCUAAUAUCUCUGUAAUUGGUAUUUCGGGGACGUGUGAGGAUAAUAUUCACAUGAGGGGCUGAAAAGGCUGAAGGUGAAGUGGUAAACUUUUUAACACUCCUUUUUGCCACUGAUGUUAUUCAUUGAUUCAUUAAAACGUAAUGGUUUUGAGCCAUCUAAAAUAGCGAAAGCGGGCGUCUCGCGUUUACUGCUCUGGCUCCAUCCAUUGACAAGACGGGGCGUCAAUUUUUUUCAGCGUGACAUAAGCGUGACAGGAGACAACAGGGAAGGGUGUGUCACGAAAGGCUUGCUGUGUGUUUAGACCAAAAGCUACUAAAGCUUUUGUGUAAAUCGCUAUGUUGCUAUUAUUUUUAUAUGGCUGUCAAGAAACUGGGAGUGCUCAGCAGGCAAAGAAGCAGGCUGCUGAAAGUGAGAAGCAGGCAAGGCUGAGGCAUGUGGCCACUCAGCGUAAAAGGCCAUGGAGACUCUGGCGGCCCAGGCAAAAAGAAAAAAGAAAAAGUGAUCAAUUGGACUUGGUAUUGGAUCUAUUGGAAUUGCAUGUAUUGUUCUCCAGUCUGGCAGGGCAUACAUUCAUCUAAAGUGCAGAAUAUUAAGUCUUUAUUUUUUUUAUUAUGUGUAUUUUUUUCUCUUUAAAUUAUUAUUGUUCAUAUGGCCUUGUUCAAACAGUUUUGAACACUUCUCUCUGACUCAUCUAACUCAUUUAGCUUCUGUGAAAGUAAACUUUCUAAAUAAAUCAUGGCCAGCACAAGAUGCAUGUGAUGUGAUGUGAUGUGAUGUGAUGUGAUGUGAUGUGAUGUGAUGUGUGUGUGUGUGUGUGUGUGUGUGUGUGUGUGUGUGUGUGUGUGUGUGUGUGUGUGUGUGUGUGUGUGUGUGUGUGUGUGUGUGUGUGUGUGUGUGUGUGUGUGUGAGAGAGAGAAAGAGAGAGAGAGAGAGACUUGGAAUGUUUUUGGCGCCUCCUGCAGAUCACUGAAACACAAUGUGGGUGGACAGAGCUCAAUAUUUUGAUGGGUUGUACAGUGUACCGGAACGUAUUUCCUUCACACCUUUCUCACCUUUUCAACCCCUGACCCAUUUUCAUGCCUGAUCAUAGGUCUUGGACGCUUAAAUGCGAGUAUGUGUGUGUCUGACAAAAAGGAGGCAUUUCCCUAGUUUUGCUUUGCUCUCUCAGCCUUGAUUUUGAUCUGAUCUGAAACUCGAUCACAUUUGGCCUGAUACUGUCCAUUAAACUUCUUGUGUGUCUGGAUGCAUCUAGUCUUAGUCCACUCCACGUUUUUUCCCCUCCCUGUGUCCAAGUCCAUUAAGUCUGUGUUUCAUCUUCACAGUUCAGCCUUAGCCUCCAGAGAUGUGGUUAUGCUUAUCAGUUUCAAUGAAAUCCAACUUUUGUGCAGCCAGCUAUUGUUCUAACAUCAGAGUGAGACAAGUGAUAUACACACAGGUUUGGUCUGCCUCUGCUGCUGCUGGACUUCUUUUCAGUCAUGAUAGAUAAAUGUUGGCAAAGUUUCCGCAGGUGUCUCGGUUUAGCUCGUUUGGAUGUGUGGAGGAUAAGGGGCUUGAGGUGGAUUUUUACUGUAUUUACCAGGUUGAAGCUGAUUUUUCACUGCUCACCAAAACGCUACCUUUUCUUUUAUUCUUUUCUAUUUGUCUUUUAGAUGAUGGGCUUUUCUGCCUUUAUUUAAGAGGAUAGGAACAGUGGGCAGAGCAGGUAGCAGAGAGUGACAUACUGAAAAGGGCCCAAAGGUUGGAAUUGAACCUGAUUGGGGCUGACUGCUUGAGACAUAAACUACAAACAGUUUCCUCACAUUCAAUCAGAUUAAACUUUUCCUGUUUUUAUAAACAUGAGAAGUGAACAGAAUGACCGAACGUGGAGCUAAACGCGGAGCUGAGGGCAGCAAAACAGAUGUCAGCUGUGACUUCGAGUCAUCCUCAGAAGAUGUUAUAGCUGAGAAGUUAUUCAACGUCUCUCCAAAGUGACGUCGAGCAAUUAAGCCGAUAAACCGGGAACACAACAGAUCUGUUUAAUCAUUUGAAGAAGUUCUUCUCGAGUAAUUAUGUGGGAAGCAUGAAAAUGCGAGCGCAGUCUGCACAGCCUGUCACUGCUGUCGGUACGAAGAGCAUUAGCAGUUUAGCUACAACUAGCGGUGCAGCCACAAGACCAACGCAGCGAUCAGUCAUAUCCAUUCCGGCCAACACUCCCGUUUUUCACUCUCCCGUGUUCCAGACCUCUCUCCCGCCCUCCUCCCGUAUUGUCAUUUCUCCCGGGAAUCUCCUGUAGUUUAAUGGUCCACGUUCAUUCAUGAAUACGAUCACUGUAUUUGUCCAAAGUUUCCAGACAACCGGAGAUAGUCAUGUGUUUCUGCUGAACACAGGCCUCACAGACAGUGGAUUGAUACUUUGACUUUACAAGUUGGGAUGGUUCAGGCCAGUUUCAAGCUGUAAACUAUAUCUAAGCAGUGUUUAUUGGAAAAUGAACACUUCAAUGAAAGGAAAACAAACGCGAAAUACGCGAGAGUGAUGCGUUCAGGGCAGCCUCAGAUAAAAGAGUGCUGUAUUUCACACACAGAUGUUCAGAGAGCCUCAUACAGGAGAGAGCAUGUAAAACAUAUUAGGACUUUAACACUAAUGUUAGUGGACGUAUCGUAUCUAUUUUUUUUAUUACCAUUUGUUAUUGUUAAAAUGAAACAAAAGUGUGCAGCUUCACUUAAACUUAUUUGGAUGAGCAAUUUAAUUACAAAUACUCUCAUAGUUAGCUCAUAUCCAUCAUACAAGGUCACCCCAAAACUACCCAGUGUGCACCACAAACAACUCCCGGAUUUUAUAACCCAAAUGUUGAAAGGUAUGCAUAUCAUCUACGUUUACAUUUUAAAGCAUCUUCAUUAUCUUUGAGGGGGCGAUUUGCUUAUUUUGGGUCUUGCAUACCUGCAAAAACACCCAGGACUGUAAACUAAUUCUCUGUAUUACUUAGUAUUUAACUACAUUUGAGAUAAAAUGUUUUUUUAAAUAUUUUUUUACACAAAUCUUAUUCAGUUUGCUUUAUUUACUUUUGUAUGUUAAUAAAAUGUUGAACUCAUCUCUAGUUUUUUUAGUUUUUAGUACAGAUGCUUUAAAACUGGCAGUUAAAAAAAAAUCGUGAUAUAAUCGAGAUCGGACGAUAUGACAAAAUAAAUCGUGAUCAUUUUUUUUCCCAAAUCGCCCAGGCCUAAAUGAAUUUCAGUAAAAAUACAAGAUGAUCUCAUCUUGUGUUAUUACUGGGCCUCAAUAAAUAUACUCAAAGCUCCUAUGAGGAUUUUUUAAUGUUUAUGAAAUUGACUGAAAUCCAGAGAGAAGCCUUUUCAUGUUAUCCAAGACCAACAGGGACAAAACUCACACUUUGUCCCUUUUAAUGCCUGAAUCUAGUUCAAAGGGGGCAGGUGUCAGCCAAGCAGCUAGAGAACCAGCCCUGAUUUUACAAUGUUCACAGUUAAUUAUAUAUUAGACUGUUGUAAAAGGACACUACUGUAACACGUAGAGGACGAGAAGAGCAACACGGGGCGCCCAAAUGACCAUGAAACAAAAGUUCCUCCUUGAAGCUUUGAAGUUCUUCACACAGAUUUAUUUACUUAUAAGACAAAGGUUCUAGGAAUAAGAGGAACCUUUGAUUUCUGCCCCUGUUAGACAGUUAAAAAGGUGACCACUGUACUGGUUGGAGUAGGGUUAACAUUCAGGCAUAGUGUAAUAUGCGCAAGUGAAUCCACGGUGCAGGAAACACAUCAGCAGUCAGCACAGCAACCUGAAACAGGUUGAUCAGGACAAGGUCUAGAGAAAUGCUCAAAGCAACAAUAAAAACAAACCUCUUUUCUCUGUCACAGCCAGGAGAUUGUAUGUUAUAGUAUAGCAUAUGCAUUAUAACAAAAACAACAACUAAAGCCCCCUGUAAAUACUGAGGACAUGAGCCGUCCUUUUGAACCGGGCUGUAAAGGUGUUUCUUCCUGCUGUAAAGUUGGUCAUUUUAACUCGGGCUCUAAUUAGGAUUCCUCUGCUCUCACAGUCAGCUCUGUGUUGACAGCAGCUUUUUUCUCUUUUUAGGUGUGUCUGCAUUGGUUUAAUUUUUCCAGAGGUUGUCAGUAGGUCAAAUACCACUCUGCCAUCAUGCUGUAAGGCCAGGAAAACAAAUAAAAGCUUUCUAGCAUGUGUUGCUGGUAUGUAUUGUAAUUAACAGCUGAUGAAGGUGAGAAAUCCCAGCAUCCUGUGAAGUGGUCACGAGACACUGCUGUGGACCAACAUCUUUGUCAAAUCCUGCUCUUUGUCUUUUUGAAAUCAGACUCACUGAAGCUGUUGUUUGUUUUAGGGACUGAAUGGUUCCAAUUCAAACAAGAAAUUAGUGAAAGCACAAAUCAAACUCUGCGUGUCCUUUUUAGGGACACAGCGGGCCAGGAACGGUUCCACACCAUCACCACCUCCUACUACAGAGGAGCCAUGGGCAUCAUGCUGGUCUACGACAUCACCAACGCCAAGAGCUUCGAAAACAUCAGCAAAUGGCUGCGCAACAUUGACGAGGUGAGACACAGACAAACACACAACCCGGAGAUUUGUUUUGCUGGGUCAGACCUUAAGAGAGAGGUUACAAGGACUGUGUGUGAGAGUUGAAUGUUGGCACUCCCUUUUUUGUCUUUUGUUUAGCGUAGGCAUUUUGACAGAGCUACAUUAAUACUGAAAAGGAAUGUGGCCAACUUUGCUUACUAGCUGGCUGAUGUGUGUGUGCAUGCAUGCGUGUGUGUGUGACUAAAGAACAACAGAUGAUCCAGAUGUCCGUGUGCAUAGUAGGAGAACAGGAGGCUGUGUUGUUUUUACUUCAUUUAUGCUAUUAAAACCAGAAGUGUGUUUCAAUUGUCUCUCCAGCUGAAACACUCCACUUGAAUUACAUUUAUUGGCGAUAAAGACCCAAACUUGAGGGGUUUUCUUUACAGCAUUAUACCCUCAUCUUUGAGCAGCUGUGUACCAGUAAUAAGAAGGACUUAAUUUAAGUAGAAACAUGUUGUAUCUGUGUUCAGGUGCUAAGACAUUUUCCAUCCUUUCCAUAAGAGUAAAUGUCCACCUGCCUUCUUCACUCUAAGGAAGAGUCACAUUCAUAGUCUUGCAAAAACUCCUAAAAUAUGAAGGUUGUCUGUAUAAACAGAAUGAUCUGUUAGGUCAAUAUUUAAAAAGAUGUUAAAGAUUAUAAGAGUGAUGGAUGGGAGCUGUUGUGUGCGGUAUAGACUGCUGAAGGAGAAACUUUACUUUGAAGGACUCGAGCCCCUUUGUUGGCUGUAAAGAGGCUGCAGGGCCUCAGGGCCUGAGAACCACUCCCAACAGAGGGGAAACAAAUGGGCAACACAACAAUAUGCAUGUAGCUGGCUAACCACAUCAGAUACAAACGUAUAAAAUAGUUACUCUGGAGUCUGAAACUCAGAGUUUCCCACUUUCCACACUUGGUCAAAGUAAACUGAUCCCACUGAACAGUUGUAUACUUCAGCACAACUAUUUUAUCAAAUAAAUAGGUGAAACUGUCACCACCUUCACCACUUUUAUUAUUAUUAUUAUUUUUGUUGUUGUUAUUACUAUUAUCAUUAUUAUUAUUAUAAUUAUUAUUAUUAUUAUCCUGCCAGUGCCUCCUAGUUAUACCCCCAAAGUCACUCAAAAAGAUAAAGGGCUGCAGUAUUUCUGAAGUUUUGAGCUGCAGUCACGGAGGUCGCAGGACGCGGCUGGUUGCUGCUGACCCGCUUCUCCCACCUUCCUUCUCCCUCAUAUAUACAUCCCGCAGCCCCUUCCAGCGCUUGCGGCACACAUCCACUGCAAAGACACACACACACACACACACGUUGAAACAUGUAGCCUAGCAAGCAGGGGAAGUUUGCUAUGUUUUCAGAAAAUAGUCUGGUCACUGAAAUAAAUAAACAAACAAACUUACCAGAAAGCCCGACAUCAUGGGCCACCUUCGCCCAUGCCUCCUCCUUGGAGGUGCGGUCCCAGUAGAACGCGCACCCCAUGUCGUACAGGACCGAGUGAUAACUAACGGCAGUGAAAAGCUGCUCCUCUAUUGUGAUUCUUCUUCUCCUCCUCCUUGCUUUGCCGGUUUGUUGACGUCAGCAGAGCCUUGAUUGGCUGUCGCGGAAAGUCGCUAUUUGAACUUUGGGAGCGACACAACUGGGCGUCCUGUGAUCUCGGGUGACGCGACAUGGCGUAGGUUGCUCACGUCGCGUCUCCGGCAGCCGGCGGUCGCCAAGUCGUGUCAGGUCGCGGCUGUAUAUAGACUUUGCAUUGGGAGUUGUUGCUCAAGUCGCCGAGGUUGCAUUUGGUCUGAAUGCGGCUUUAGUGUCGAACUUAAAGUGAUGAAGUUACCAGGAGAGUAAAUGAAGUGAACUCUAACACUGUCCGUUUGUUCUCCUGCUGAGCUCUCCUUUGUUUAAAGUCAACUUAUAUUCCUGGAUAAUUAUUGCUUGUUUGUGUGUUAGUGCGUCUUUGGCUCUUUGUGUUUUAUCCUUCCAUCUCCCCACUUAUCACAGUAGUUAUUAUUCUAUUAUGCGAGCACUCUGGGAUCGGUGCCACAUUAAACACAUCAGAUAAACAGCAGUGACAUUAUAAUCAAUAGCCCCCACUAUCGGUCUGUGUCAUCAGCGGCUCCUCCGGACACUGUAAUCUGACAUCGUGAGCCUUCACCAUCAGGUUAAAGGUGUUACACAUUACAUGAUGAGGAGAAGGUGGGAUGGCCUGGCACUGGGCUUGUGUGGAAAGCUUUUUUGUAAAUUUUCCCACCCUCGCUGCUAAAGAGCUUUGAGCCUGGUGGAGGAAAGGAAACACAAAGAAUUUCCUGGAAACUGAAGCCUUGACUCUGUUCUUGUUUAAGAUGUUGUUUCAAAGAUUGGACUUGAUCGGGGGGGGGAUUAUAUUCUUGAUCUUUCUUGAUUGUAAAACAGAAAACUGAUCAGCAGCUAUUUUGACAAUAAAUUAGCAUUCAAAUAACAAAAUGUAAGGUAAACUUUAUUUAGGAAGGCCAGUCCCAUAGAGAAUCACUCCUUUCCCUCCUGGUCCUGGUUCAGAUGACCACACAGGGAGGUUCACAGGAACAACAUAAAGUGAGGAUUUGAGGCUGCUGUCUGUUCUACACUGUAAAAUGUGAGUUUAAGACUUUUGACUGGAGCAGAAUAUGAUCUAUGCACAAUGUGAGGGUGAGAAUACAGCUGAUUUUACACCCAUUUUCAAGGUUUAAAUAUUAAUCAGAGCUGUUUUACUAAAUAUCAUAUUUACAGUCACAGAAAAAUCCACUUAAUUGAGAUAACAGGAGUCAGGGCUUCAGAACCUGCUGUUUUCUUGUUGUUAUAUAACAGAUCUGUUUCUCAUUUGUCACUGUUUUCUAAAAGUCAGAUGUUCCUAUUUGUUCCUACAAAUACCUUCCACAUUCAUCCGUCCAACGAGCAGUUUCUACAAGUCUGAAAGUAUGAGUCUCUUGAAUGAUUUUAAAGUCAAAAAAUAAAGAGAAAAGAAUGCAACCUUCACAAUAAAAUACUAUAUUUAUUAAUAUAUCACAGUGUUUAUAACCCUGGACGUACUAAAUCAGUUCGGGAUUUAAAUCAUGAGCCACAAAAUGAAAAACAGCAUUCUUCUAUUCAAUAGAAAAAAACCACACCAGGCAAAAUACAGUCUUGAAAUGAAGCAGCACAAAGAGUGUUCACGGGCCCUUCCAGAAAUGGUCGGAGUAGAGGUGUUACCUCUGAAAGUACGUACCAUACAAAAAGAAAACAAGGAGAAAUAAUCUGUCAGUAUCAAGUGACCUGAUGUGAUUCCAUGUAAUUGAAUCCAAAAAAGUUUCUUUGUCCUUAAAACGACAUGUUCACUCAACUCUGGACGGAGUGGGUUAAAGACACUGGGCCCCUCCAGAGAGAUUUUCAUAGAGGGAGCUAACAAAGUACCCUCAGAUACUGUCAGAUUGUUGCAUAUCUUAUUAGUUUUUCCCUUAUUUCUCAUUUUUUCCCCUGCCUCAUCACUUUUGUAAAUCCAUCCAAAUAUUAAAGGGGACCUGCCAUCCAAAAUGUAAUUUUGUGUGUUUUUGUGUCAGAUAAGGUCCACAUUAUGUUCUUCUUAUGUUGUAAAUGUGAAAACAAACCGUUACGUCGUUUGCACUCUGUAAAGGUUUAAAAUAAAGAAACGGAUAAACCAGGCCAAUUGAAAAAGCAGGUCCCUCUGACGUCGCGCUGACCUUGCUCAUUAUUAUUCAGGAGCGCGUCCUCGGUGAGCCGCGCCCACUCUCUCGUUCUCGUACUCAUUCACAGUCAACAUCACUCUCCAGCCGGAGCGAGACCCAGCUACCGCUGUAUCCGCUAUGGGUCUCUUCCAAACGACCGGUGUUUCCUUGGGUUCACUGCCGGGAAAAUGAACUUAAAGCUGGGCAGAAUGAAUGAAAACACCGCUGGAGAUCUCCGGCUUCUUCCUCAACUUCCACCUCCUCUUCGGACUCGGGGUCUAAAAUAUAUGGUUUAAUACCUGCCGUUUUUAGCCUUUAGCAUAAGGUGACCAGACGUCCCCGAUUUCCGGGGACAGUCCCCAUAUUGGAUGACCUGUCCCCGGCAAAAGCUGUCCCCGAAAAUGUCCCCGAGUUAAGCGUUUCAUGAAUGAGAGCAAAAAUGUUGCGUGUGGGCUCGAACAAAAGUUAUUACAGUAGCCGAAUGAGUAGGAAGCACAAGUAAACAGUCCUGAACAACAGUUCUUAUGGGGGUUAUUACAAGGGGCAUGCGCUGCUACUAAAUAGUACCGAGACUUUGUCUGUGAUCACGCAGCCCCUGCAGCCCCUGCACCCUCCUGGCCGCCGCACCAAAUACCCCCGGAUAUCAUUACAGACAUGGGCCAAAACCCAUCUUAGGUUGGUUCUUGAUCAUGAAACUAUGAGCGUGGUCUAGACCUGCUCUUGUUCUUUGAAAAGCGUCUUGAGAUGACGACUGUUGUGAAUUGGCACUAUAUAAAUAAAAUUUGAUUGAUUGAUUGAUUGACAUCUGGGCACCUUACUUUUAGCACACAUUAGCAAAAUUGAUAAACUGAAAUCCGAACCUCCCCUGCUGAGCCAAUCAGAGCACAGCAGGCUUCACAACAGCGAUCCAAUCAGAGCAAAGCUCAUUACCAUAAAUGUUAAUGAGCCAAAACCAGUUGGUUUUCCUGUAAGGUUUUUCAGGCAUACUAAAACAAACCAUCAAAUAACUUUCAGCUAAAAUUAUGUUGCAAACAUGAUCAGAGGACAUUGAUGGCAGGUCCCCUUUAACUUACCUGAACUUUAAUUAUUUAAAAGCCUCAGUUUGCUGUAGGAAUAAUAAUGGUUAUGUCCCCAAGAAGUCCAAAACUGUGUGUAUAGAAGGUGUGUUUGCAGCUGAAGUUUUUCUUAUGGAGUUCUCUUGUUGUUUUAGUUAUUUUUGACUCUUCAGUUUUGUCUUGAGACCCCUUAAUAUGACUUGUGUACUGGUAUUCAGUGUCUAAAGUGACAGUUAUUUUAAGAGACUUAAGAACAAGCUUUGAGAAAUUCAGCUAGUGACCAAUGGAAGUUUUGAAGUGUGUGUGUGUGUGUGUGUGUGUGUGUGUGUGUGUGUGUGUGUGUGUGUGUGUGUGUGUGUGUGUGUGUGUGUGUGUGUGUGUGUGUCUGUCUGUCUGUCUGUGGUCGACUGACGUGUUUCAGAAGUAACAGACAACCAUGCGUCUUUGGACUGUAGACAUCAUGGAGAGAUGACGCUGCUGCUGCUGAUCAAAUGUGAUCAAAUAAUCGUCCCUACUUUGUCUUUUUCAGCACGCAAACGAGGAUGUGGAGAGGAUGCUGCUAGGCAACAAGUGUGACAUGGAGGACAAGAGGGUCGUACCAAAAGCCAAGGGGGAGCAGGUGAGAUGGUGCAGCCUCCUUCAGCUAUAAACCCCCCUUUUUUUAAAUUCCUCUUCAUCUUUUGACAGUGAUGUACAAAAAUCUGUUUUUAAGCUCAUGGUUCGAAAACUCCGUACAAAUGAGUGAGAGAAUAGCAGGAGUAACAGAAUGGUCUUGUACUUGGUUAACAGAGAAUUGAUUCAAAUGACAGUGAUGGAGAGUUCGUUUGUAAGCUUCAUUUAUGAAAGGUCAGAUUACAUAAUCUCUAAAAACCUCAUUUUGAACUCUGCAGUGAGCAUCUGUUGGUCUUUACAUGCCAUUAAAGCUUAUUGCUGUUAUAACAACCUAUCAAUAACAGCUACACAGACAACGCUGCUUCUGGAAAACUUCUCAUUUUGAAUUUCUGUUGACAAGUUUGAGAUGUUUCACAUGAGUUUCUAUUCAUGGAAGUUGUUAAAAGUUUUUAUUUUCUUCUGACUUAAUACUGAAACUCUUUUUUUUUUCCCUUUAUAAUAAUUUGGUGUAGACAUGAAAAUCUACAAAACAAAUUUGCACUGACAUCGUUUCUGAGGGGAAUGGUAGUUAAGAUACUUAACCUGUUCUUGUGUGCAGUAAACACACAAGCAAAAAACAGAGCACUUGAUGAUGGACAAUUAUGACUGACUUGACUUUGUCUCCCUAUGCAAGGAUAAAAGUCUGUAUCACAUUUCUUUUGUACCAGCUGCGCACGUUACAAAGAAGUAAUCUAACUCCUGUAGUCGGCCCAAACUUUAACUAUUUCCUCUUCUUUUUACUCAUCAUGGUGUUAUGAGCAGAGAUUUUUUCCCCUCUCAUCAUGGUGACUCCCGCAAACACUGACUCCACUUUCUGUCCAUGUCCUCUGUUAACACUCAGGGAUUGGCCAUGUGAUGAAAUUCUGAUUUAAGCUGCGCCCAAUUUCACUCUGACUGCAGAUCUAAUUACUUGGAACAAGUGAAAUCAUCUAUGUGUGUGUGGUGCAUAAUACCAGACUGAACUAGCAGUGACAAGUCCAUCUGCAGAUUUAGCAAUAAUAGAUACAGAUCUGCUUACUCAUACACACACACACCCCUACCUGACUAGAAUAGGAGUGUGUAUGCGUGUAUGGACGUGUGUGUGAUGGUGAUACCUGAUCUCUGUCCUGCUCUGAGGGUCAGCCACUUUAUUUUAGGACCAGCUGAACUCUCCGUCCUGACUCUGAUUUCUUUCUUCACAGAUCGCAAGGGAGCACGGCAUUAGGUUUUUUGAGACGAGUGCUAAGGCCAACAUCAACAUCGAGAAGGCUUUCCUCACGUUAGCAGAAGACAUCCUGAGAAAGGUGUGUGCUCCAUGUGUUUGCAGAUCCUAGUGUGUGUGUGUGUGUGUGUGUGUGUGUGUGUGUGUGUGUGUGUGUGUGUGUGUGUGUGUGUGUGUGUGUGUGUGUGUGUGUGUGUGAUUUAAGAGUGAAUAACAAGGCAGCCUGUACAGCUGAAAUGAGUCAAUUCUGUCUGGUGUCUGUUUUGUUUACUGCUGCAGAAUAGAAGCUGUGGUUUGUAGAGUACGAAAAGGGAAAAGACACUUCAUCACUAAAUAGGUUCAGACUAGGGCUGUGGGGGGGUCCUUUAUUUAUGCUGGACUGUUUUGGUGCAGAUGUAUGCAAGGGAGCUGGUUUAGGUGCUAUUUACACGGAAACAGAUCCACUGGGGCUGAACAAUUUUGGAAAAUAAUUCAAUUGCAAUUUUUUUUCCUCAAUAUUGCGAUUUUAUAUGUGAUUGUUUUUUUCAAUAUGUGAUGUAUUUUUAUAUGUACGUUAUGAUACUAAUCUACGUACCGAUGGUGAGAUGUAAUCAGUGCCCAAAACACCUUGUCUAUUCAUUCAGCUGUGCUGCCAUCACCCUAUUGGAUGCAUUUUCUGUCGUUAUGCAGACAUGGUUUGAAGUUGAAGCGCUUGUCGCUGGUGCUUUAGUCAUUCAGCUAUUGUACAUAGCUUCGUUGCACUUUCAGUGUUGAUAAAGGUUCGUAGUGUUACCCUCUGAUGUAGCAACAGUAGCACGGCAGGUUCUGCACAUGUCAACUUUUUUAUCCAAACUUUACCUGGGCAUAUUUUCUGCUAGCACCCUUCUAAAAUUCCAGGUCAAGUCAAGGUGAGCUGAUGUGAGAAAGUGAGUGGGCGAUGGUGUUUAUGUAAUCCUAUGGUUGCAAACUCUCAAAAACGUGUUGCAGCAUGAAUAACAACAUCUGAAGUGGAGAGAGGAGAAUCAUUUAUUCAUUUGCACGCUGCAUUGAUAUAAAUGCAAAAAUUGCACUGUGCUUUGUGUUUUGUGACGUCCAUCAGGUGUGUAAUAAGUUUUAUCUUUGUGUGUUUGCUCCGUCAGACGCCUGUAAAAGAGCCCAACAGUGAAAACGUCGACAUCAGCGGUGGAAGUGGAGUCACAGGCUGGAAGAGCAAGUGCUGCAGUUGA